UUAGACAUUUUUUUUUGCAUUACUUUUGAGAUCUUUUGCUUACUCGCUCUUUGUUGUUAUCGCAGAUAGACCAGUUCGACCGACCCUUGACGCGACCAGCAAGGAGACAGCUGAAAUCCUCAGGAGCCUUCCAGUACAAGAUCGCGACUGGCGAUUACUGUGUACAACUGCGAAGUUGCGAGAACAUCAGCUGAUUCCUGAGAACGCAAGUCUUCAAAGGGAGCCAGUAUACAAAGAACCAUCCGAGAGGCAGCAAGAGCGAAUAGACAAGCGCCUUUCUAAGCAAACUCCUCGACAAAUUUCAGAUAUGACUUUUCUGAAGUCUGCCCCUGUCCUGAAGAUCAAACCAAAGGGUGGAACAACGACGACUUCGCCGGUUGUCGCCCAAAAGAGGAAGAGCGAUGCGAUGGCUACACUUGUCGCAGAUUCUUCCAAGAAGCUGGCCAAGACCACACAGGACAAGGGGAAGAAAGUCGUAAUUGAUCCACCUGUUCGAGCUCGCGACUUCCUAGCCAUGCAAGAGAAGUUCCUGGCUGAGAUUCCUUAUGAGGAUCUUGUUACGCGAUCUGCCGAGCUGGCCGCGCAGUCGAUGACUCUGUUCAUAAAAGCUGCUGCUACUCCUUCGAAGGAAGCCGACUCGCUGAAGAGGCAAAAUGCUCAGUUUCAGGAGAACAUAAAAAAGCUGAAGCAAGAAGUAGCGAGGAGGGAGAAGGAGCUCGAGGAACUCAGCAAGACCAAGGAGAAGGAGCUCGAAGAACUCAGCUAGGCGAAAGAACAGGCAGAGCUUGAGGUCAAGAAAUCGCAGGCGACGAUCGUGGAGAUGGCCCGCGAUUUGGAGACUGAGAAAGAGAAUGGGAAGAAGCAGUAUGAUCAGGCAGUGUCCGAUUAUAUCUAUACCACUCUUUCCAAAGUCCCAGACUUCGACUUUUCUCUUCUUGGAACAGAAGCCGCUAAGAUGGCUGAGGCUUUUCGUGCCAUGUCGCCUACUCAGACUCAAGGUGGGGGAGGAAACCUUCUUGAUGAGGUCGAGGGCGCACAAGCUGAAGAAGUCGAGAACGAAGUCAUCAGCAAAGUCGCGGAUGAGACUGCUCCGGAUGAGACUACUCC